CACAUACGAGACGGCGCUCGCUUCUCGCUUGCGCUGGCUCCUGGCUGUGCAGUUGUGUGUCGAUGUUCGCGAAAUAAAGAAGCAGAAUUUUAUCAGCACUUCUUGCAACCCGCGUAUUAGUUCCUCCGUUCAAUCGUUUUGGAAGCACCUGGCUGGCUAUAAGGCAUUUAUAGCCCUGCAGCAAGUGAAAAGCAAUUUGCGCUGGAUUCGGAUCUCCGUGUGUUCUGCAAGUGAAGAGCAGCAUUCAAUUUUGUUCAAAAAUAAUUAUUGACCUCCUGCAGCUGCUGCUUUGGGUGAAGGCAGAGGCGAGAUAUCUGGGCGCGGUGAAGAGUGUUCUUUUCGUAUAGAAAGUGCUGACUGACUGACUGGCUGGAGCUGCAGUUGUGCAGUCAGUAUAGCGUUCGAUGUGGGAGAUUUUUUCGUCCGGAUCGGAGGUUGUGACGAGGCUUUUCUGAUAUCGAAGCAGGCGGAAUAUGUGCGAUAGCAGCGCAGCUGAGUGAGUGAUUUCCGAUUAGCAGCAGCAGCAGUCAGUAACGCGAAAAAAGGGGUGUCUAGAGUGUGAAGUGAAGAAUACACGAACAUAGCGGGAAGCAAGCAGUCGUCGUCCAAGUAGGCGAUAAGCGUGAAGCGAGAGCGAUAUCAGUGGUUGCUUGGUUUUGGGUUUUGGGAAUCCGGUGGGAAGUGGAUCGAAGUAGCCCCCAUAGUGUGUGCAAAAAUUUGCUGGUGAAUUUAGUUCCGACACGGAUUAACACGCACGUGAAAGCCAUUAGUCAUCAUGGGAAAGCUGCUGAGCCUGUUGGCCCGCGAUGAGUCGACGUGCUGCACACCGAAGACCUACGAUGUGUUCCUGGACUUUGAGAACGCUGCCCCCACCGAUUUGGAACGGGAGGUCUACGAGGAGGUGGACCGAGUGCUGAAGCAGUCCGAGAUCGUGCUGGACGAGAUACAAUGCUAUAAGGGUGCCGGCAAAGAAAUCCGAGAAGCCAUCGCAGACCCCACACCCGAAUGCCAGGAAAAGGCAUGGAACAUUGUGAUACCGCUGGUGGAGAAACUGAAACGAUGCUACGAACACUCCCUCGAACUAGAACGGAUAGUACCGAUGCUCCUUGGACAGCUGGUUGGCGGCCGACUCAACCCCACACAGCACCUCGAAACACAGCAAGCCCUCGUCAAACAGCUGGCAGAGAUUCUAGAGUUUGUGUUAAAAUUUGACGAGUACAAAAUGAAAACCCCCGCCAUUCAGAACGAUUUCAGCUACUACCGGCGGAUUGCCAGCCGGCAGCGGUUAGACCACAGCAACAACCUGAUCGUGACCACCGAACUAGCGAAUCGGAUGUCGCUGUUCUACGCACAUGCCACCCCCAUGCUCAAGGUGCUCAGCGAAGCGACGUCAAAGUUCGUGCAGGACAACUCCGACAACGUGGACAACACGACGGAAACGCUCGGCACGAUGGCCAAGGUGUGCCUGCGGAUGCUGGAGAACCCUAAACUGUUGGCCCAGAUCGAACGGGAAGAGACGCACCUUCUGCUGCUGCGGGUCAUGGUCGGCCUGGUGAUACUGUACGACCACGUCCACCCGGUGGGCGCAUUUGCACGGGGGGCUCACGUCGACGUGAAGGGUUGCGUCCGGUUAUUGCAAGCGCAGCCCGCCAUCAAAGCCGAACCCCUGCUCAACGCCCUGCGAUACACCACCAAGCAUCUGAACGAGGAUAACACGCCGAAAAACAUCCGGAACCUGCUGGCCGCAUAGAGGUACGGUUCCCGCCGAGGGGCAACGAUGUUUUAGUAUUUUUAGUGACUUUCCCGUUUCGUUCGUUUCUUCUGUGUAAGGUUUUGUUUAUGUGUUUGUUUUCAUUUUUAGCUCAUAACUAACUUAAAUCGAAUUAGAAAACUUCGUAAUAUUAUUUAGUAAAUGCGUAAAUUAAGUGAUAAGUGAUUGAUAAUCGUUUAUAAGGGCAUGGACGAGCGUUUAGAGUGGCAAACCUAACAAAACUACUAUUUAACUAGUUAAAACAUAAUUUACAAAAAUAUUUGACAAGCGAUUAAAGUGAAUCAAAAACCCAAGGUGUAGUGCAUAUAGAAGAAAUAUUUCUCUCUCCUUGUUUUCUUAGGCAAGAGAAAUUUCUCUAAAUCAAUUGAUAUGAAUCAUAUAUAUGAAAUAUAUUCGUUUAGAUAAAACCUUGCAUAUAAAAAUGUAAAUUUAGAGGAAACCUUCUUCGGUGCGCUGAUUACCUUUGGCACACUGGAGCAAAUAGUAAUCAUAAAGCGAACUAGACAUCUGUACUAAAUCAAAUUUCGUCAUUUUUGUCGCUACUGUUAUUGCCUAAACAUGAAGAUCAAGUACGGAAAUCUUUUUGCGAGCCGAUUGAUUGUUGUAUAGAACAAAUAUUUUGAGAUUAUUGAAAGAUUAGUAAGACGUGCACUUUUACAACGUUUUGUGUCUAGGACCUAAAUUAAAUUCGUUAAGUUCUUUAACGAACAACAACUCAACAAAAUCAACUGCACGAAAACAACCAAAAUGUGUUCCUCUUUACACGGCAGAUUAGAACAAACGUUAACAAUCUCAAAUAACAGAAAAAUGUUCAAACAUUGUUUUCAACACAGACAUCGAAAGAAUCGAUUCAGAAACACAUCUACUCAAAAAUCAAUAGAAUCAGUCAUUUACUUAGCGCAAGAACAAACUUUUCGUUGAAUUUUCCUUCAACUAUCUAUGAUUGAAACCAGUGACAGGCACGGCAGCGUGUGUCGUACUCGUAUGCGAUUUCUUGCUGAUAGUUAUCAACUUGUAAGUAGAGUGCAGUUUGCCGCAAAAAAUCGUCGGUUAUUUAAAAAAUCAACAAAUGUAUUUAAACACAAAUACGAUAGCGGAACAAAAACUACUGAGAGUAGUCAGGUUAACAUUAAUGCAUUUGAGAUGAGGGACAUAUUUUCCGAAUGGUUAGAAUGCUGCAAGUCAUGUCCAGUUAGAGAUUGGAAAAGCUAAUUAUACUGCUGCUAUGAAAAACGAUUGCACACACAAACAACCACACACACACAUAUGGUUAUUAUGAUUACGAAGACGAUUACUACUUUAAAACAUAGAGUAACGAUACAUAAGAACAAUUUAACCGUAAAACAACACACGCAGAGCAGUAAUAAGAAGAUGCAUGUUCGUUCAUGUAAAAACAAACCCAGAUCUUUUCAGUUUGAUCUUAACUUGUGAUGGGUAGAGAAACUAUAGAACCAGAACAGAUGAAAAUAGAAAGAAAGAUGUGUUAGACGUAUGGAUGAAGAUGGAAUAUAAGGAGAUACCAAAGUCGAGAAUAAAAUUCAAACAAAUGAUAAAAGGA